AUGGCGCCCUCAGAACCGUCAGCAGCCAACUCAGCACUCACUGAAGUUCGUCCCGCUCAACAAAAUGGCGUCUCCAUCGGACUCGGCGUAUUCGCAACAGCCAACAUCAAAAAGGGCGCGGACGUUCUAGUCAUUGAUACGCCCAUGGUUGCGCUCGUAGAGGAGAAGCAAUUAAAAAACAUAUGUUCUGGCUGCUUUGACACGAGUAAAGCUGCGAGUAUCGAUAGUAGAAGGCCCGGGUUGGUAAAGGCUUGCGUACGAUGUAAGGUUGUUUAUUAUUGUGACAAGAACUGUCAAAGAAAAGACUGGAAAGCUGGGCAUUCAGUGGAAUGCGCCAUUUAUUCAAAGUUAUACCCCAGAAUCUUGCCACUCCCCGUCAGAGCUAUUCUGAGGGUAAUAUUGAGUCAAGACAAGGACAAAGUUUCUCCAUAUAUUCACGAGGAAUUCUUGGACCUCAGCUACCCCAAGGAAAUAUAUGACGAUGAUGAAAACGAAGAAGCCAAUGAUCAUUUUUUGAUGGCCGAGGCUGUACUGAAAUAUGGCGACAUCGAAUAUCUGGACGAAGAUUACGUUGAACAAUUAUUUGGAAAGUUGAGUGCGAAUUCGUUUACUUUGACAAGCGCAUUUGGCAAAAGACGAGGCGUAUACCUCCAUCCGGCGGCUGCUCGUUUCAAUCACAGCUGCAACCCGAAUGCCAGUUACUCCUUUGACAAGGGUAAAUGCUACAUCAGGGCCACGAAACCAAUCGCCAAAGGCGAGCAAAUCUUCAUCCCUUAUAUCGACACUACAUACUCCGUCGGGACACGCCGCCACGAGCUCAAAGAACGCUAUAAAUUCGACUGCCAAUGCCCUAGAUGUUUGAAUGAGAUAGCAACCACAGACCCGGAAGAGGUCAAAAAACGCUCUGAGCAGGAACUCACCACCAACUCACAAAUCGACGAAGUGCUUGUAUCAAACAUCGCUAGCGGAUUCGACGCAGCCUGGAAAUUGAGUAGUAUGAUCCGCACACUGGAGGAAAAAGCAGGUUGGGACGUGGUGAAUGCGCAACAACAACCACUUGCAGCGAUCAGGUCGGAAAUCAUGGCUAGCAAGGCCAUGGAUGAAUUGUACAAAAUGUCUGCGGUGGACGCUGCGAUUCGACAUUUACGAACUGACCCGGCGCAGUAUCCGGACGAGAAUCAUCCGAUGCGUCGUGAACAUGCACUUGAAUUCGUUUAUCAUCUUUUGUAUGCCAACGAAAUCAUGCGGCAAGAGGCCAAGUAUCAGGGCCCUGAAGACACGGAUGCGAUGUUUAAUAUCCACAAGAUUUCGCCUCAUCUCUAUGCGUGGAUGGUACUGAAUUGGAUGCUGUAUGGCGAUGUCAAUGGGAAAGCUAGUGAGACGACCAGGAAGAAAAUGGAGGAAGCUGUGUGGACGAAUCCGACUGCGAAGGCCGAUGCGGAGAGGAUUUUGAAAUGGUUAACUGAAGAGCUCAAGGAGGUGGGGACGACUGGGGCAAAGAGGGAGAGGGAAGUUGAGGCGCAUGCGAAGAAGAUGGAGGAAGUUGUUCAGGCGACUUUGACACAGGAGAAGAGGAAUAUGUAG